UGUGACAAUGCAACCAAUGUUUUGAGAGAAUCUUCCGGAAUGUGAGGCUUAUGUCUCAUAGUUGAUUGUAACCUGGCUGAUGUCUUGAAGUGCAUUGUAACCUGUCAUUCAUCAAUUGUUUGAGCACAUGUACUGAUCUAGAAGCAGGCAAUCUGAUCUAGAAGACAAGAUGUCAAAGAAGGACCACAAGCCGUCGAAAAUGAAGAAUUUCUUCAAGUUUCGAAAGAGCACCACUGAUCUAUCAGAAUGGAGCAAAAAUGAUGAGAAAUUAAUGAAAGCGACAGAAAACAAUGAUCUCCAAAAAAUUGAUGAGCUUCUUCGAAAGAAAAGUCUCAAUCCUACAAAGUUGGGGCCCAAAGGACUCUCAGUAUUCCAUGUGGCCUGCCAUCUUGGUUUCCUUGAGGUUGUAGAUCUACUUAUUUCUAAUGGUGCUGAAGUUAACGUCCUAGCCAUACAAGGUAAUACUUCUGUCCAAAUAGCUGCCAGAGAUGGGCAUCCAAAAGUUGUAGAAAAACUUCUACAGGCGGGUGGGGUAAUCGACCACAAGGAUGGCCUCAGUCUAACGGCUCUCCACCAUGCCUGUGUACGAGGAAAACUCCACUGUGUUCAAGUACUUCUCAAAAACAAGGCUGACCCUAACAGCCGAGACAAGACAGGGAAGCCACCACUGUUCUAUGCAGCGUUUUCUGAAGAUCUUCCAAUCUGCAAAGAGCUGGUUGACCAUGGGGCCAAUGUCAAUGCUUCAGAUGAAAGCCAAAUUGCACCUCUUAUGGCAGCAGCAAAGAAAGGCAGUGUGGAAAUAUGUGAAUUUCUAUUACGUAAAGGAGCUGAUCCUAAAAUGAAGGAUAAAUCAGGCAAUGAUGCCUUAGCAUAUGGACUGGACGCGGGAUUUGCUCAGCUGACCGAGGUGUUCCAGAGGGCUCCUGCGCAGGCUGCCUGGACGGUCACACAGGAGACGGCGGGCGCCCAGUCCGCCAACGGGGCAAAGUCAAAUUCUGAUGAUUUCACUCCGGUUCCUGGCCCAGUGGAAGUGGAAGCAGACGACCAUCAUUCCGUAGGGGAUCCAGUGGACAAGGAAAACAUGGUUGCCAAGUUUCACCCUGAAUCCUCACCUGAGCUGUCACAUAAACAGAUUGAAAUACCUGCAGAAGUGGAGGAUAUCAUGGAUGAUGAGACCCUUGCCCUGCAGGCUGCAGCCCCUCCCCAGGCGGUCAUAGACCAGCGGACCCUGGAGGCUGUCAAGGAGCUGGAGGAAGAGAACGCGUCUAUGAACGAGGACUUGAAGCGGCUUGUCUCGGAGAACAAGAAACUGCAGGAGGCCUACAAUACCCUAAAGAAGCAGCUUUCUACACCAGCUCCUCCACCUGUGGACCAGGAGGAGGUUCAGGAGCUGGAGGAUGAAGUCACCACACUGAAGGCUCAACUGACAGAGGAGCAGGACAAGAAUGUACGACUCAUUGACAAGGUGCACAAGAUGAAGAAAAAGUUUGGCCUCUCUAGUGAGACUGGGGGUGAUUCAGAUGGUGACAGCUGGAAUGACAGUGACGAUGAACUCUUUGACUCAUCCUCAUUGAGAAGACCACAAGUAGUGGACCACAAACCACAGACAUUGCUGCUGCUUCAGAAUGAAGUAACACGACUCAAGCAGGACAAUAAACAACUGAGGGAAAGACUGCAGAAGAAUGGUACUACACCAAUUAACAGUGUAUUUGCCUGGCGAUCGGGAAGUGUGUCCUCUCUUGUCUCCCUUGAUGAGAUGUCUGAGGUAGAGAGGCUGCGACGCAAGGUCGAAGACCUGGAGAUUGAAAAGAAACUGCUGCUCAAAAAGCUACAGGACAACAAUGUGUUACCAGAAGAGCAACUGCAGAGUCUAAGAGUGCUGGAGGAGGAGAAUACACACCUCCUUACGGAGGUGAAGCAACUACGCAAUGAGAUCAUCUCCAUGAAACAGACCAGCAUUAUUGUUGAAAUAAAUAGUGAUGCAGUUGACAAAGGUGUUGAUUCUGAACAUAACGCUUUAAGUGAGAUGCAUGAAGCUUUCAGGAAGGAGAAUGUGUCAUUAAAAACUGAGAAUGGAUUACUGAACGAGGAACUGCAAGCAUUGAGGGACACGUAUAGCAAGCUGGUUGUGGCUGGUGACAAUCUGCAAGAUAUGUAUGAUACAUUAGUAGCUGAGAAAGAACAACUGCAGAAAGACUUUGUUGAGAAUGAAUUACUGAAACAACAGCUUGCUAAAGAAAAUGAAAUUCUGCUGUCUGACAGCAAUUCCAUGAAUCAAGAUAUACAUAGUUUAGUCUCAGAGAAUGAAAAAUUACAUAACAAUUGUGUGGAAUUAGAAAAGAAACUUGCCACUGCCAAUCAGGGAGCUAAAGCCAGUGACUUUGCUAAGGUAGUAGAUGAAAGAGAUAAGCUUAAGGAAACAGUUCAAGAGCUGGAAGUAGCAAAUAAUGAAUUCAAACAGAACUAUGAGAUUGUUUGUGAAGAAGUAGAGAGUUUGCAAAGUUCAGUUCAAAGAGCAGAGUAUGAACGUGAUCAGAUUCAGCAAGAGUUUGAUUCCCUGACGGACGAGUACGAGAAUCUGCAGUCGUCUCAUGAAGGAUUGCAACAGGAUUACAAUCAGCUAGAGCAGGAGUACUCUGAACUCCUAGCAGACAAGGAGAAGCUGGAACAAGAGUUUCUUGAAGUUCAGACUGCAAGUGUGAGUGUGGAGCAUCAUAACCCAGCUGUGGCCGAAGAGAGAGACAAACUUCAGCAAGACAAUGAAGUGCUAGCCAUAGAGAAGGAACAGUUAGAAAUGACAAUAAAGGAGUUGUCAAAAUCAAAUGCGUUACUGAACGAGGAAUUAUCAUCAUUGAAAGAAUCUCUGGAUAUAAAAGAUAAGGACAGCGAGAAGAAAGAGAAGAGAAGUGAAGGGAAUAAGAAACCAUCUGAAGCAACAUUGACUAUGAAUGGCAAUACUAAUUCUGAUGGUAGUAGUGACCCUCAGAAAGUGUCUGUGGAUGCCCUUGUCGAGAAGGACAAGAGGAUCCGCUCCUUGCAGAUUCAGAUAUCCAGACUGCAACAGCAAAUAGCAGCGCAUGACAAGCAUUACAAAGAUGUCAUCAACACCUAUCGGACACAUCUUCUCAGUGCAGUACAGGGCCACCUUGAUCCAGAUGUGAAGCAAGCAUUGUUCACCAUCAUAGAACAGAGGAGCAAUGAGCAGUACUGCUGAAUCACCAUCAUAGAACAGAGGAGAAAUGAGCAGUACUGCUGAGUAACCAUCAUAGAACAUAGGAGCAAUGAGCAGUACUGCUGAGUCACCAUCAGAACAGAGGAGCAAUGAGCAGUACUGCUGAGUCACCAUCAGAACAGAGGAGCAAUGAGCAGUACUGCUGAGUCACCAUCAGAACAGAGGAGCAAUGAGCAGUACUGCUGAGUCACCAUCAGAACAGAGGAGCAAUGAGCAGUACUGCUGAGUCACCAUCAGAACAGAGGAGCAAUGAGCAGUACUGCUGAGUCACCAUCAUAGAACAGAGGAGCAAUGAGCAGUACUGCUGAGUCACCAUCAGAACAGAGGAGCAAUGAGCAGUACUGCUGAGUCACCAUCAGAACAGAGGAGCAAUGAGCAGUACUGCUGAGUCACCAUCAGAACAGAGGAGCAAUGAGCAGUACUGCUGAGUCACCAUCAGAACAGAGGAGCAAUGAGCAGUACUGCUGAGUCACCAUCAUAGAACAGAGGAGCAAUGAGCAGUACUGCUGAGUCACCAUCAGAACAGAGGAGCAACGAGCAGUACUGCUGAGUAACCAUCAUAGAACAUAGGAGCAAUGAGCAGUACUGCUGAGUAACCAUCAUAGAACAUAGGAGCAAUGAGCAGUACUGCUGAGUCACCAUCAGAACAGAGGAGCAAUGAGCAGUACUGCUGAGUAACCAUCAUAGAACAGAGGAGCAAUUAGCAGUACUGCUGAGUCACCAUCAUAGAACAGAGGAGCAAUGAGCAGUACUGCUGAGUAACCAUCAUAGAACAGAGGAGCAAUGAGCAGUACUGCUGAGUCAUUAUCAUAGAACAGAGGAGCAAUGAGCAGUACUGCUGAGUCAUCCUGGGACCCAGCUGAGCCUAGCUUGGGGAAAAUGGGGCUUAAUGCAUGUGCGUAAAGUGUCGUUCCACAUUAACAUGUGCAGUUCCCACAGGCCUAUCAGGGACAACACUUUCUGUUGUAUGGUAAUUUUCCAAAGAAGAGUUCUCUUCCUAUCGUAAAUCCAGUUCAGGUGAAAAGUGUUGAUGCUCCAUUGGGAUGAGACUUUAUGCACACAUAUAUUAAGCCCUGUUUUAUCAGAGCAAGGUUCAGUUGCAUUCUGUACACCAAUAUUUGGGACAUGUGGCAAUGUGUGUUCCUGAACAAGGUGUGGACAGUUUCUGUGAGGACAUGCCCAUUCAGACUGCGGUUUGAUAUAGAUCUGAUUCACACUUCUAUCACUUUGCCUUUUUUAGAUUCAACAAAUUGUGUUUAUAUAAGUCUAAAGUCAUUUUGAAAAUGUGAUUGUGUAUUGGAGACAUAUUUGUUUUGUUUUUUUACUGGACUUUUUCCUGACCCAAGUCUUCAGUAUUAUUCCAUACUAUAGGACCAGUGCUGCCAGUGAUACAUGUUUGAACUAGCUGUUAAUAUGCAAUCAGAUUCCAUAAAGCCCAUUUGACUUGGGACAUGACUUUGGUCUCUAAUGUGUCUGUUGUCUUCGUUCAGAUUCCAUAUCAGUGUUUGACUUAAAUGUCAGACACAUUUAGCAUUUGAGCUUUGUUUUAGGAAAAAUGGAUUAAAUGCAUGUGCAUGUACAUAAAUUUUAUCCCAAAUAAGCCUAUGCAUUCUGCACUGGCUAAUACAGGACAAAACUUAAUGCAUGUGCAUGAAAAUAUCCAGAUAUUCCAGCCAAGCCUGACAUCUUAUCGACAGUUUAGUAAAGUUAUUUACAAACGAUAUUACAUAAUUUUGUUUAAAAAAGGUAUCGUUUAUGAUAACCAAAAUAUGUGUGUUAAUUAGCUUCUAAAAAUGUACAAGUUACCUCUUUAAAUGACUAUGAAACUUAUAGUGACAAUUAUUUAAUUAUUUUAAAAUAUUUUUAUAGCAAAUAAAUGUGAUAUCUAUGUUAUUAAGGUCUAUUGUCAGCCAUUAAUGUUUAUAUAGUUACAAUCACUUGUUUAACAUUGUCACUUGUGUGUCAUGACAGAUAACUCUGUAGUAUGUAUCUUCACCUACAGGAGUUAUGCCAUUGGUGUACUGGGGAAAGUUGUGUACCUUCAAUACAACGUCUGUAUGCUCCCACAAUGGAGCUAUUUAGGCAUAAAGUAAAUGCAUUGUCUGUUUGUUUGUCGGUCUAUCCUGCUUCUCAUGUAGAGAAAAAUAUUCAAUUUAUUCGAAUAAAAUAUCAUGUAAUGAUAGAGAAAAGCUAGGAUAUACAUUGAGUGCAAGGUUCAUAACUCAUGCAUCAGUGACAUCUACUGGUGACAACCCUUGUUUAAACAGCUUAAACAAAGUUCCAUUCACUGAGAACAUGAGCAUAGCACGAACACUUCUAACCUUCAUAUUGGUCUUAAUGAAUUAAAUUUGUGCUGAUAUGCAUUCAUAAUUCUAAUUUAUGUAAUUGAAUUCAUUGCUAUUAUUUACUGGAAGAGCAAUAACUGAGGAUUUAUACUCGUUUACAUAGAAAGCUAAUAAAGGCAUGUCAAUGUGCAGACAGAUUUGGUUAAUUUGCAUGAAUAUGUUGAUAAAUACUAGUAUUCAGACAGUCCUUUCCUAACCUAUUCAGAGCUUCAUACUGCAAAUGCUUGAACUUGUUAUUUACAUGCUUAACCCUUUUAGCUCAGGAACUGAAUUUUAAAGGCAUUUGCAAACAGUUUGGAUCCUGAUCGGACGCCACAAAACGUGGCGUCUGAUCAGGAUCCAAACUGUUUGCUAUUCUGAUAGUGGUCUUUGAAAAAAAACAAAGAAAAUGAUGAUUUGAGCAAUUCAGCAGACACCAAUUUAGCAGACGACAAAUAUCCCAGCAUGCAAAGGGUUAAUAGGGGGUUUGAUUGUGAGUUAUGUAUCAAUGUGUCUGCAUAAAUGUGAGUGUCUGUAUUAACUAAGCUAUAAGAGGGACUUAGAUUUGUUAAAUGCAUAAUAUAUAAAUCGUUGCAGAGUAUAUAUUCAUGUGUACAGCUUGCAUACAUAUAUCACAUAUUUUUGUUAUCUCAGUGUUUGUUGUUUUAUUGUACGUUCAACAUCCAUUUAUAUUUGUUUAGCCGGUAGCUUGUGAACUGUGUAGUUUGUGAACUGUAAUCGUUAUAGUUACGCAUUAAAUGUUUGAGUUGUUUGUAUAUAACUAUUGUCAGAUUUUAUCAUUCAUGGUUUCAUUUUUUUAUACAAACAUGUUUCUUCCGUUGCCAUUUUUGUUGUACAUUUGCAUACAUUUGUUAUCAUCGUACAUUUUUACGUUUUACGAUUUUCUGGUAUUUGAAGGUUUUCAUGUAUACACAUGUAUUUUUAUAUAUAGAAUACACAAAUUAACAUGAU